UCUAACCUGCGGAUCUAGCUGAUAAACUCUUAUAUAUGUCUGAUCUGGAGCCGGAAUGUCAGUUUUAGAGGGGGAUAGAUCGGAUCCAGCGCGUUAAACGAGUAACUUGCCUCCAUGCAUGCAGACACAGGCUCGCAGUGGAUAUCAGUGGGUUUGUCUACGGCAAGAAGCGGGUUUAUUGAUGAACUAUGUGCUUAAAGGCUCUGAUAUCAGUGCUGAUAACCUUCCCACACAAGAAGAGGCCAUUAUUUCAGGCAUGUUCCUGGAAAGUGCUUGGCUUUCAAAAAGAGGAAAUAUGGAAGAAAGACCUUCAAAUCAGCCCUAUUCAUUAGUUUUCUGAAAACUAGGUUUAGUUUUGGCUUCCAUCAAGAGCUCUUCCAUUAAGAUUCUCUUUUGUAGCCUUCUCAGUUUUAUGUAGCCAUUCCUGGAAGCUCUCCAUUUUGGACGUGUGAUUGGUUGAGCUGUUUACCAGUGCUGGAGGAGAGGCCUAAUCCCAAAUCCUUCUGGAGAGCGCUAAGACACUGCCCGACUGGAAGCUGACGGGAUUAACUUCAUAUUAGAUUUGCGAGACAAGGGGAAAAGAACACCUGCUUGUUUUUACAGGCAAAUCCGGGCCAACCCUGCUCUGGGUUCGACUUGCUUUUUGGAUCUUGCAUGCGAGACGCCACCUUCCAUUGUCAAACUUGGCACAGUUUGAGCACUUCCCAGAAUUGCCUCCUGUUUUAGGACUCGAUAAUCCAGAAUCAUUCAGAAUCAAGGUCAGUCGUUCUUGACUGCAGAGACUAGACUAGACUUUGAGACUUUACGUUAUGACAUUAAAACCAUAGUGCACAAGCAGAUCUGCAUCAUCAGUGUCUGAGAAGACCCAUCAGCCAAGCUGGGCAGAAACAAAAGGCUUUAGAAAGAGGAGGCGUACUGAGCCAGGUCGUUCUUAUUCUGCUCUGGUCGUUUCUCUGCUCGGUGGAAACCUGCAUUCGUCGCGAUGGCUCCUCAGCCGACUCAGACAGGAGUGACCACUGCCCUGUGAAGGACUACACUCAACUCUCGUCUAUCAGAGAAGAAGAGGAGGAUGAAACUGAAGAAGCAGGUGACCGUUUGCGGCGGGGCCAUCUUCUGUGUGGCCGUCUUCUCUCUCUACCUGAUGCUGGACCGCGUCCAGCACGAUCCCGCCAGGAGACAGAGCGCUGGGAACUUUCCUAGGAGCCAGAUUUCGGUUUUGCAGAACCGCAUUGAGCAGCUGGAGCAGCUCCUGGAGGAGAACCAUCAGAUCAUCAGCCACAUCAAAGACUCUGUGCUGGAGCUCACCGACACGGGGGCCAUCUCUCCCAGCGGACAUCUCCCCUUCCGUAGUGCCAAUGGCUCCUGGGUGCUGCCCUUUGAUGGCAGGCCCACCUUUCUCUCCGUCAAGCCGCUGGAUUGCCAGUUCGCACUGGGCCGCAGGAGCCAAACUGACCUGCAGAUGCUGGAUGUGUACUCCUUGUUGAACUUUGAUAAUGUGGACGGAGGUGUUUGGAAGCAAGGCUUUGAGAUCACCUACGAGCCCAACGAGUGGGACGACGAGCCCCUGCAAGUGUUUGUGGUCCCUCAUUCGCACAACGAUCCAGGAUGGAUCAAAACAUUCGACAAGUACUACAAUGACCAAACCCAGCAUAUCUUCAACAACAUGGUGGUGAAACUGGCCGAAGAUCCUCGCCGGAAAUUCAUUUGGUCGGAAAUAUCGUUCUUCGCCAAAUGGUGGGAAAGCGCAGAUGAACAUAAACAAGCGGCAAUGCGCAAGCUGAUCCUCAGCGGACAGCUUGAGAUGGUGACAGGAGGCUGGGUCAUGACGGAUGAAGCCAACGCUCACUAUUUCGCCAUGAUCGAUCAGCUCAUUGAGGGCCAUCAGUGGCUAGAGAAAAAUCUGGGUGUGAUCCCUCGCUCAGGCUGGGCCGUCGAUCCAUUCGGGCACAGCGCCACGAUGCCUUACCUACUGAAACGGGCGAACAUUAGCAGCAUGCUGAUCCAGAGGGUCCAUUACUCCAUCAAGAAGCACUUUGCAGCCACACGGAGCCUUGAAUUUAUGUGGAGGCAGGCCUGGGAUAUUGAAUCAGGCACAGACAUGUUCUGCCACAUGAUGCCAUUUUACAGCUACGACGUGCCUCACACAUGUGGCCCAGACCCGAAGAUCUGCUGCCAGUUUGAUUUCAAGAGGCUGCCGGGCAGUAGAGUCAACUGUCCGUGGAAGGUGCCCCCCCGAGCCAUCACAGAUGCCAACGUGGCCGAGAGAGCUGGCGUUCUGCUUGAUCAAUACCGUAAAAAAUCCAAGCUAUUUCGUAGCAAAGUGUUGCUGGUUCCUCUUGGGGACGACUUCCGCUACGACAAAGCAUUAGAGUGGGACCAGCAGUACUUCAACUACCAGAACAGUGCAUAUGAAAUGAAUUGGAAUUGCCCUGAAAGUAAAUCUCUGUGUUCCCAGGCCCAGUUUGCGACGCUGACAGAUUACUUUAGUGCGGUGUACAAGGCUAAAGGAGUCGCUCCGGGGACGAGACCACCUGAUUACCCUGUGCUGAGCGGAGACUUCUUCGCUUACGCAGAUAGAGAGGACCAUUACUGGAGUGGAUACUACACCUCACGUCCCUUCUACAAAAACCUGGACCGUGUGUUAGAAUCUCACCUACGAGGGGCAGAAAUUCUCUACAGCUUGGCGGUGGCUCAUGCGCGGCGUGCAGGAUUGGAAGGACGUUAUCCCGUGUCAGAUUACUCCCUCCUCACCGAUGCCAGGCGCAACAUAGGGCUGUUCCAGCACCACGAUGCCAUCACGGGCACUGCCAAAGAGAACGUCGUCAUCGACUACGGAAACAGGCUGUUACGUUCUCUGGUCGGUCUGAAACGAGUGAUCAUUAAUGCUGCACACUUCCUGGUAAUAAAGAAUAAAGACAUUUAUCGCUUCUACCAGACGGAGCCUUUCUUAGAGACGGACGACAGACGCACCACACAAGACUCUCUUCCGCAGCGCACGCUUAUCGAGCUGGAAUCUACUCCCAGGUAUCUGGUGCUGUUUAACCCCGUCGAGCAGGAGCGUCUGUGUGUGGUCACCAUGCUGGUGAAUUCGGCAAGAGUUCGGGUUCUCACGGAAGAUGGGCAGACGUUACCGGUUCAGCUCAGCGCGCAGUGGGUGUCUGCUGUUGAGAUGAGUGGAGAGGUCUACCAGGCUUCUUUCAUGGCACGCCUCCCCGCUCUGGGAUUGGCCGUCUUCCACCUGUAUGACUCUGCUGACUCUCCCAUGACGCUGCGCUCUGAUACGCUCCUCAGGAUACCGGGACGGGGUCAGAGCAUACGGGGUUUGGACCCUCUGCCUGUGCGAUCGCAGACGGUAGACGCCCAGCCGUUGUACAUCCAGAGCCAGUCUCUCAGUCUGGGCUUCUCUGGAACCACAGGCCUGCUGGAGAGCAUUCGACGUAAAGACGAUCCCCAGGAGGUGAGGGUACAGAUUCAGUUCCUCACAUACGGCACUCGACCCUCUAAGGACAAGAGCGGGGCCUAUCUCUUCCUGCCGGACGGAAAUGCCAAGCCCUAUUCUCAGAGAGAAGCCCCUAUAGUGCGUGUGGUGGAAGGGCCUCUCUUCGCUGAGGUUGUGGCACAUUAUCAACACUUCCAGCAGACGGUCCGCAUUCAUAAUGUUCCAGGAAUUGAUGGUCUUUCUCUGGACAUCACCACCAUGGUGGACAUCAGAGAUCAGAAUAACAAGGAGCUGGCCAUGCGGCUGGUUACCGACAUUCAGAGCGGAGAUACUUUCUACACAGACCUCAAUGGUUUCCAGAUCCAGCCUCGCCGGUACUUCCAGAAACUUCCACUCCAGGCUAAUUUCUACCCAAUGCCCACCAUGGCAUAUAUUCAGGACAGCCAAUACCGGCUCACGCUCCACACGGCCCAGGCACUGGGGGUCAGCAGCCUGGCCAGCGGUCAGCUGGAGGUGAUCCUAGACCGCAGACUGAUGCAAGACGAUAACAGGGGUCUAGGGCAGGGCCUGAAGGACAACAAACGAACGGCCAAUCGCUUCCGUCUUCUGCUGGAGAGGAGGAGCAACAGUGGAAAGCCGGUGGACAGCAGACCGGUCAGCUUCCCGUCGCUGCUCAGUCACAUGACCUCCACCAUCCUGAACCAUGAGGUGCUGGCACUGCCCGUGUUGCCCAGGAAACACGGCGUGCCACCCAUGCGUACCUUCGCUCCAUUGGCUGGCACCCUGCCCUGUGACUUCCACCUGCUGAACCUCAGGAGCAUCCAAAGCCAGCAGGAUGCUUACUCUCCAUCUCCCUACACGGCUCUGCUCCUCCAUCGACUCGGCCUGGAUUGUGGUUUGGAGGCCCAGAACCCUGGUUUCAACUGCAGUACCACACAAGGCCAGCUCUCCAUUUCUGGGCUGUUCCGUGGGCUAGAUCUUCAGCUCCUGCAGCCUAUGUCUCUGUCUCUGAUGCACUCUCAGCCUCCGCUCUCCAACGACUCCUCCAUCAAUCUGGAGCCAAUGGAGAUCUCCGCCUACAAGCUCAAGCUGUGCUAGAACGAUGUCGCACCAGAACCGGGCUCUCCGUGUGGACCCUUGGAACCUGUGCUAAAGCAGAGAACCACAGCUGGAUGAGCAGAGGACACUUUUGGAGAUUGUUUAUCCUGACUUAAUGUAUCUGAAUCAACAUGAAGGCGCCAACUAAACUCUUAACAAAAUGGGAAAAAACGUUCCAGCCAAAGUCAGAUUUGGUAGCUGGCCCGGGUGCUGAAAUAAGAACGUCCGAGUGUUUUUUUUUUGUUUUUGUUUUUUUUUUAAAGUGAGGUUUUUUUCUGGCAGAGCACUAAUCGGUGAACAUCUUUUUAUUCCAGCAAGUGCCGACUGUUGUUUUAAGCUCUGUUUUUUUUCUCCCCCUUUGUCUUUGGCUGGAACUGCUGACCGUUUCUCAUUCAUUUUCUCAUUCAUUCAUCCCUGGAGUUCGUACUGUAUGUAAAUAUAUCUCAAAAACGACAUACACAACUGGAUCUAUACAAAACUGUGGGACUCAGUGCAAUAUGUGAAGCUUCUUGCCCUUUUGUUUCUUCAUUUUAUUUGUGAUCUAUCCUCAUUGUUGUUUGAGCUCACACAAUUGUUUUUAUUUCUUUAUCUCUGCUGUGGACGGUUCUGCCUACGCUCGGCGGCGGAUUGUUUUUUUUCCUAUGAAUGUCAAUCACCCAGCUUGGCCUGAGAAGACUGUCAGUGCUGUAACAGACGCGGCAUUUACAGAUCUCUUUCUUUCAGGAUGGCUCGUGACACUUAGCCGACAGAAGAAGACGUCCACGAUCCAGCAGCGGUCGGGUCUUCAGUCAGCUCUUACAUGGGUCGGUUAUUGGGUUACGGCUCAAAUCGCACGACGAGAGCUGACGUUUACAAUCUUUUUCCUUCCUUUUCCAUCGUAGCUUCUGUUAACGAAUUAAGCUGCUUCCUAACAAGCUAGCUGUGGAUUAUCCGCAACACAUUUUUGUUAUUUGUACCAUUUUGAUCGUGUCUAGGCACAGAAUGUGCAUUUAUACUUUGUCAUAUUAUAUGCAGGUUUGAGCCGUAUUUAAGUCAGUCAAAGAUAUGUAGAGUUAGUCUUAUUUCAAGAACUAGAUGAGUCUAUGAGCUUACCUAGACAACAACACAUUCGCUUGAUAUACCUUCUUGCAGUAUUUUCAGGUAAACAGAACUCGUAUUCGAUUGUAAAAGUUCUAGUGCAGGUAGCAAUGGGUUCCUUCACUCAGAUUUAGCCAAUUUUCCCACAUGAAAACGCGUUUAGGCCUUAUCUCGCUGUAGGAAGCCCAUCUGUAUUGUGUAGCAGACCCAUCUCAGUCAUCCCUUCUGGCUUUUGUCUGUCACCUCGGUUUGCUUGAAUCGGACAAUUUUGAACAUAAGAAUGCGAUCUGUGCUUCAACCUGUCGUGUCGUUCUGUGUCUUGUCUCACCUUUCCCAGCCUGUCUGUCUCCUCUGGGAAAAUCUGUACUCCAGUCUCUGAUUUAAAUUACAGAAAAAUCUUCGCACUUCUUUGACUUUCAGCUCUGUGCCUGAUUAUCUCUCUGUAGUGUGGCCACAUCCAUUAACAUCAGCCAGGACAUCAUCUGGCUUCUCCAGCUAAUCAAGUUCCGGAGUAGUGUCCUAUCAGGAAGAUAAUUCCCCGCAGGAGGAGCUCCGAGUAUGGAGUGGCAAACAUCUGUCCGGCUGCAUUUGGAACACAUUUUGGCACCCAGCGUAGGGCGCGCUUGCUAUUCCAAAAUGCUCUCGCUCCUGUAAUUUGGUCUGAUUCGUUUUCCGUGUCUGUGCAUUUCACUGCCAUGCUUGUUUUUCCUGUGCGUACGCUUUCCAUACUGACAGAUCUCUUUGUUAGACGUCCUUUAUUUGUGUUGUGUGUUCGGAGAUGGAAAUGAAAUGACAGUGAAUUGAGAGGUUAAUUUAUUUUGUUGUUUCUUUUUCAUUUUCUGUUUUGGUUUGCUAUUGAGAGUGUGUUCAAAAAAAAUGACUCGUAAAAGCAAAUGCAGAGACAUUAAAGUGGACAUUUAUUAAAGAUCACAUAAAAAAAAAAAAAAAAAAAAAAAAUCAAAUUCUUGGUGGUUGUGCCCAUUUUGCAAACAUAAUUGGCUUUCCAAUGUUGUCUGAUGUCUUGAAGCUUUGUUGUUGUGCUCUGGAUUGCAGAUAGGGGGCAGUAGGGAGUUGUCUGCAUUUAAUGUGGCUCAAGCGAGAUGCGUGGGGUGUGAAAUAUUGAGUUCAGUUAACAAAAGCUCACAAGAUAUGCUGCUUUUUAUAUCUAAACACCCUCUGUGAUAGCCGGGAUAUCGGGUACUGAUUUACCAGAAAGCCUUUGGAGAGAACUGGAAAUACCGCUGUCCUCUCACAGUACUGACAGAUGUGAAGUCAGACUGCCCUUUUUUUUUUUUGUUUGUUUGUAUGGUUAUUUUUUUUAGAUGCCCUUUCACGCUCAGCUGAGACCAGAUUCGGUUUCCUCCACAGCAGACGGGUUUGUGUGCUAAAAGGGUGGCUUGCUCCCUGAGCUCAGGCAUUUGAGAAAGAGGCCAUUCUUCUUAAUAAGUCUGAGGGCUGAGAUGGCAAUAAAACUCAAUCUCACCGCUGAGGACUUUAAUAAGAUGACAGAGGCGCUGAUAGAGAUGGAGAUGUUUUUGAGGGAUUAGUUGAGACAGAAAUGAAAAUGCUGUCAUUUAUACUCGCCUUUAUGUUGUUCAAACCCAUAUGACUUUCUUUGCCAGAUGGAGUGCAAAAUGAGAAGCUCUGAAAAAUGUCCAAGCUGCACUUUUCCCAUACAAUGAACAAAUAACAUGGGCUGUAAAGCUUUGAAAAUGACCAGAAUGAAUGAGCGUUCACACCAGCAACGCUAACUUUAUAGCGAAUGCACAAACGCACAGUAACGGCCUGCUUAUUAUAAACACAUGCUGCAGUUUUGUCAUCUGCCACUUUAAAUGCUUGAGCUGGGUGGAUUCUGAUUGGCUGUCAAUGUUUCUGUCAUUCAUAAGCUGGGAAAAAAAAAGUUCUGAAAUUGAUUACAAUGAUAUCGUUCCUCUGUGGCAUCGUCUUUGGUGUGAACAGCUCUUUAAAAUUCCCUUUUGUUUUUUACGCAAAUAUGACAUGGUUUCAGAUGACAGCACACGAGUCACAUGAAGCAGUUUUAGACGGCUCUUGUAUUCAUUCUAAAGUAAAGAGAAGUGUGAACAUUGUUCACAACAUCUUA